GAACCCACUGUCUGUGGUAUUAUAAGGGGGAAGCUCAGGGCUGCUGAAUGAUAAAUCAACAGUAGGCAAGUCAGUUAAAUGUGAGCAAGAGUCCUGGAUUCGACAUCAUCAAUGGCAUCCGCAGUGUGGCAGAAACUUGGACCACGUGGCCUGGCUGCCAUAGCAGCUGCGGCUACCGGAAUAGGCAUCGGGAUGACCUACCUCUCGUCACCGCAACGGGAGACCCAAGCUGCUGCUAACUGCAACUUGUGCGAAGAUGGCACCUACACCCCUACCUUUGGCCAGAAGUCAAACUUCCCACCCUCGGCCAACUUCCCAGACCUUUCGAAGCACAAUAACGUGAUGGCUUCCCACUUGACUCCAGGCAUUUAUAGCCGUCUCAGCAACCUGUCCACACCCAAUGGCUUCACCCUGGAUGAGUGUAUCCAGACAGGGGUAGAUAACCCUGGGCAUCCUUUCAUCAAGACGGUCGGCAUGGUAGCUGGGGACGAGGAGUCAUAUGAGGUCUUCAAAGAACUGAUGGACCCCGUCAUCGACGAGCGACACAAUGGCUACGGUCCGGACGAUGUGCACACAACGGAUCUGGAUUCCUCCAAAAUUCGCGGCGGGGUACUGGACUCCAAGUAUGUCCUUUCCUCUCGAGUGAGGACAGGUCGAAGCAUCCGAGGACUCAGUCUUCCACCAGCCUGCAACAGGGCUGAGAGACGCAUGGUCGAACAGGUCGUUACUGACGCUCUUGCUGGUCUAAGAGGAGAGUUGGCUGGACAGUAUUACUCGUUGGUUACCAUGUCUGAGGAGGAUCAACAGAAGCUGAUUGAUGAUCAUUUUCUCUUCGACAAACCAGUCUCUCCUCUUCUCACCUGUGCAGGCAUGGCCAGAGAUUGGCCCGACGCCCGCGGAAUCUGGCACAAUAACAACAAGAACUUCUUGGUGUGGAUCAACGAGGAGGACCAUACCAGAGUCAUUUCCAUGGAAAAGGGUGGCAACAUGAAACGAGUCUUUGACAGAUUCUGCUCUGGUCUCAACCAGGUUGAGGAGUCAGUUAAAGCUAAGGGAUGGGAGUUCAUGUGGAAUGAGCAUCUAGGAUACAUCCUUUCUUGUCCUUCUAACCUCGGUACAGGACUCCGAGCUGGAGUACAUCUCAAGAUUCCUAAUCUGUCAAAGGAUAUAAGUCGACUGGAUAAUAUCCUAGAAAAACUCCGUCUUCAGAAGCGUGGUACUGGAGGUGUUGACUCGGCAACGGUUGGUGAUACCUUUGACAUCUCAAACAAUGACCGCCUUGGACUAUCAGAGGUCACACUUGUUCAGCGUGUCAUUGAUGGAGUGGAUCUUCUUAUUAAGAUGGAAAAACACUUGGAGAAGAACCGUUCAAUCGAGCAUCUGAUACCAAAAUAAAUAAAUUAGUUUGCUCCAUCACUCAACAUACAUUGUAAUAUAAAACACCAAUAAUCAGGAAAAUUGAUACUUGUACAUAGAAACUGCUGCAAAGAUAUAUAUUCAUGCAAACAUAAAAUUGCGCAGCUUUGUCCAAAUAAAUAUUACAUCUUAUACAUUAUGAGCACCUUUUGAUAAUACACUGAAGUUGUUUAUUUAUCUAACUAUUUAUAUUUAUAAUGAAGAAAUGUACUGGUAUUCGAGGUAAUGAAACUUUAUUUUCAUUUCAAAUCAAUAAAGUAUCUUUAAAUACAAUAUUACGACAGAAAGAUCUAAAGUGUAUUAACAUGGGACUCAGUGGAAACCGAAACGGCGAAACCAUGUCAUCUGUAGUAAGCUCUAUGUAAAAAUAGAAAAUAUAUCCAUUCUAUAAGAAACCAAGUGCUGCACAUAGAACUAUAUAUUUAUUUUGUGUAGAAUUAUGAGUUGCGAAGAUUUUUCCAGGGAUAUGAAUAUUAUCAUGAAGAAAUAUAAUCUGAAUGAAGCAUAUCAUGUUUUAAAAGUAACAGUAUGAAUGUAAUGGAACUUAAUGCACUGAAAUGAUGAUAAUGGUUGUCAAUUUAUUGGUAACUUCUCUCUGAAAUAAAACUAUAU